CCUUCAUCAACUAUCCAUAUCACAUACACCGAAUAGUAACAGAAGACUUGAUCUAUCGACCAAAGUUUGAUCUAUGUCACAUCGGGAAGAAACGAUCGACUAUGGGAUGCACGUUUGGGUCGAUGGAAGUGCUAGUCCUGGAG